AUGUACGGCUCAACUAUUGCCUUGGGACUUGCCCUUGUAUCAACAAUCAUCAGCGGUGCUGCAGCCGCCAAGGUUCUAGACACGGUGGGUCUAGAUAAAGCCUCCGAGGUUCCAGACACGAUGUAUCGAGGUGACCAUCGCAACCCCGUAACCAUCUACAAAGAAGGCGGCUUCUUCCCCAGAGGUCGCGCGGUGGGUGUAGAACCGGAUCCGGACUACCCGUAUGAUAAACACGUUGCGUCGGAUUUCCUGGAUCCCAAAAAUUUGGAAAGUCCUUGGCAGUCAGUAUCUGUCACUGCACGCCAAGCGAGAGGGCAUAUUCUGUAUACAUCAGCAUGGGCAGGCUAUAACCGUGAAAGCACGGUCUACGUCUACCACAUCGAUACGAGAGAUGAAAAAUUGCAUUACCAUGAUGUUAAUGCCUUGUAUAAGGAGAGAGGGACGAAGAACCCGUUCGCGUACGAAGGCGAAUUCCUGUCGGAUCAGCCAAUCCUAUGGAAGUAUAUCACGGCGUGGGAUGAAAUCAAUCUAAAGGCAAAAUCGGAACGGAGGGUCCAAACGACCAGCGAGCGAUUGACGACCAACACCGUCGGCCUGGUCGCCCUCUCCGACUUCCGCAAGCGUCGCGCCGAGGUCCUCGAGCAGCAGGAGCGCGAGGCCCGCGAGAAGAGCAAGGCCUCGACCCCCGUCGACGCCGGCACCCCCGCCAACGCCAGCGAGGCGAGCGAUGGGGACCUCGCCCAGCAGCAGCAGCAGCAGCAGCAGCAGAGCAAGAAGAGCAGGAAGAAGCAGAAGCGCGCAAAGAUUGGCGGCUUGUCGUUUGCCGCCGACGACGAAGGGGACGGGGAGGAGGAGGAUGGGGGAGAUGGAGCCGGUGCAGGCAUCAUCAAGAAGAAGGCGCCCGCUGCAAAAUCAAGCACGCCACAGGGCGGCGACGCAACAGCCAAGACCACGACGGUCGCAAAAGCCAAACUUGCUCCCAACGCCUCGGUCGCCGUCGUCCCGCGCGCACCGAUAAAGCCUGCCGAGCGUGAUGCGCUACGAGCCGAGUUCCUGGCGCUUCAGGCAGCCGUCAAGGCGACCGAGAUCGCGAUCCCUUUUGUCUUUUACGACGGCACCAACCUCCGCGGCGGCACGGUCACGGUCAAGAAGGGCGACUUCGUGUGGGUGUUUCUUGACAAGAGCAGAAAGGUCGGCGCGAGACACAAAUCCCGCCGCGACUGGGCAAGAGUUGGCGUCGACGAUCUGAUGAUGGUCCGCGGCACCGUCAUCAUCCCGCACCACUACGACUUUUACUUUUUCGCCAUCAACAAGACGGUCGGCCCCGGCGGGAAGCUCUUGUUCAACUACAGUGCCGAGGCGCCAAAGGGAGAGCAGCAGCAGCAGCAGGCCAAGGGUGGCGAGCUUGUCAGGACACAGGUCAACAUUAAUACUCUCGAGGGCCACAAUGACGACCCAAACUUGACCAAGGUCGUGGACCGGCGGUGGUACGAGAAGAAUAAGCACAUAUACCCGGCCACCCUCUGGCACGAGUUUGAUCCGGACAGGGACUAUCGGAAUGAGUUUCGCCGCGACACGGAUGGAAAUACCUUUUUCUACUCGAAAUGA